AUGACGAUGAGCUCUGGCCCAGAUUCAAAGCAGGAAAUUGCUCAGCCUAAUCUCACUGAUAUAUUGGAAAAUGACGAUGUGGAUUUGUACUUGUCUGAUAAAGACGAUCCAUUGAACAAAAUCGAUGAUGUCUCCAACGAAUUUGACAACAGCGAUUUGAACAACUUUAGAAAUAACACCAACAUCAACAAUGGCACCGUUGAGCAUAAUAGCGAAAACUGUGUGGAGUGCACUGAUAUGCCAAUUGAAGUUCAUUGCAAAGAAUGUGAUGAAGACUUUUGCCGAAUUUGUUUUAAAUUGAUCCAUAACUCAGGAAAACGAGGAUUGCAUAAUAUUACGAUUCUCAAAAAUGAUAACACCAAAACUACUAAUGGUUUGAUUGGCAAAAAAGAUCAGAAGACUGGAAAUAAUAUCGCUGAUGGUAACAAAAACCAAAACGAAGACGAAUAUGAAUAUAGUCAAGAGGAAUUAGCUAAAUUAGCUCAACCAUUCAAUUUGAAUGACAAUGAAUCAAUUGGUUUAUUGCUAUUGAAACAAAUCAAAAUUCAAUCAAAAUAUAUCCCUUUAAGAUUAAACCACAAAGAAAGAGAACUAUUCAGGUUACUAAAUGCCGCUUUGACAGUCUCUGAAUAUACUGAUAAGAUUGAUAUUUUCAGUUAUGGAUCUAAAACUAAAAAAAUUGUUGCAACUUUAAAAGAAUUGUGUUCCAUUCUCUGUGGUUUGGUUAUCUCAAAAAAUUUUAAAAUUGGUUCCGAAUUAAUCUUGGAUAAAAAUUUCAAAGACAAUGAAGAUUGGUUCAAAAAUAUUUUUGAAAUCGGUAGAAGAUAUAAAAUUAUGAAUCCCAAUAGAUUUAAUGACAAUUUUGGAAAGCUAUGCUAUAUUAUAAUGGAUUCAAGAUUACCAGAUGUGAAAAAUUUGUUGGAAUUUGAUUUUUAUAAACCAAUUACAACAAUUUAUAACUAUUUGAAUUCAAGAGAAGAUAAAAAAAUUUUGGAAAUGUUUGAUAACCCUUUGUUAUUAAAUGCUGUUAGUGAAAUUUCUCCUAUUAAUAAAUCAAGAAGAGAAAUCCAAAAAGAAAUUAAAAUUAAAGAAUAUUCUAUUGAAAAAAUAGCUUCAACGUAUUCUAAUGGAAAUGGCUUCAACAAAGAAGAAAUUAAACAAGCUAUCUAUUCAAUUGGUGACUACCAUACUUAUAUUAAUUCUAAUAGAAAACCAAUUGAUAGAAUGAUUAAAAGAUUAAAAAAAUUUGAUUCUAAAGUUCCAGUCAAUGAAAAAAUAGUUGGCAAAUAUUCAUUAACUAUUAGAGCAGGCAGGAAAAACUCAAGAUUAUCUCACGAUCACACUAAACAAUAUGACUAUGUGUUACAAUCACUAAAUCUUUGGUCAGUAGUCCAAAAGGAAAUGUUUCAAUUGUGGUCAUUAGCCGAUGAUGAUUUGUUUAAUGAUCAAGUUAUCUACAAAUUGGUUUCAACGGGCCAGGGAUUAAAUAGAGUUAAAAGCUGCCCAUCUGUCCAUCGAAAAAUGUACCAAAUAUUAAACGAAGUUAAACAAAAAUCGGGAUUUUGGAUUGGGUCGUCAUAUAUUCAUCUUGGAGAUACCACAGUUCCCAACGCACUAUUCUUUUUGGAUAAGUAUUUGCAAGUUCCCAAGAUUAUCUCUCCAAUAGACAACACAUUGCUAAAACUUGAAAGUGAUAAAAACGAAGAAAUAUUUAAAAAGGACAAGUUUCUUACCCAAAUGAUCGAAGAACAAUAUGGGGGGUUUUCCAAUUUACAACUACAGAUUUGCUCGAGUUUCUUCACCGAAGCAUUUAAUGGAAGUGGAGGCGAUGAUUGGUUCAAUGCUGGAAGUUGUAUCGACGGGAGAUUGACAAGUACAUGGGAGUGGGCUAACAACAUUCAUAAAAAGGACUACCACAAGUUCUUUCUUUUGUCGGGUUUCAAUGGCUUCAACUAG